UCGCCGCGCUGGCUCCCAUUCGAAGGCGACGGCGGUCGUCUGUAUUUCGGUUCAAAUCUCCUCAGAAAAAGCAAUAUAACUCCAAAUAGACAGUGACUUAGAUUCGGUUUCAUGUUCGCUUUAUUAUUCACUCUUUUCGGCGGAGCUCCAGACAGGGCUCUGGGAUGCUGCGGCGUGUGGAGAAUUUGAAUUAGCUCGCCUUUAGUUUGAAGAAAAGAGUGAGUCGGGCAGACGGAGAAGCCAUUUUGUCCCGACUGAAGGGGGAAAAGAGGAAUCACUCGGGAGGAUCUAUUCAGGCUCGCUUUCCUCUCAUGCUGUAGGGGGGACACAUUGGUCUGGGUCGGGAAUCUGAACUGUUGCUCUCCACGUCCACGGGGCUUGUAUCGGGUGGUAUUAGGCCAGGUAGCCGGCCAGAGCUAAUCAGCACCAGCAGACCCCGGGCUGAGACCGGUCGGGAGGAAGUGCUGAUACUCCACGUAGCUCCGCUGCUCGGGUUUGGGUCAGGGUUUUGGUUCUCUGGUGAAAAACGAACUGGGUUUCAAUGGCGAAGAAGACGUACGACCUGCUGUUCAAGUUGCUGCUGAUCGGAGACUCGGGCGUGGGGAAGACCUGCGUGCUGUUCCGCUUCUCCGACGACGCCUUCAACACCACCUUCAUCUCCACCAUAGGAAUAGACUUCAAGAUCAAAACUGUUGAAUUGCAAGGAAAAAAGAUCAAACUACAGAUUUGGGACACAGCCGGCCAGGAACGGUUCCACACCAUUACCACCUCCUACUACAGAGGAGCCAUGGGCAUCAUGCUGGUCUACGACAUCACCAACACCAAGAGCUUUGAAAACAUCAGCAAAUGGCUCCGCAACAUUGAUGAGCAUGCAAAUGAGGACGUUGAGAGAAUGCUGCUAGGCAACAAGUGUGACAUGGAGGACAAGAGGGUUGUACCAAAAGCCAAGGGAGAGCAGAUUGCAAGGGAGCAUGGCAUUAGGUUUUUUGAGACGAGUGCUAAGGCCAACAUCAACAUCGAGAAGGCUUUCCUCACGUUAGCAGAAGACAUACUCAGAAAGACGCCUGUAAAAGAGCCCAACAGUGAAAAUGUCGACAUCAGCAGUGGAAGCGGCGUCACAGGCUGGAAGAGCAAGUGCUGCAGUUGAACAGCUCCUGCGUCGGCCACACUAACGCACACGGACACACACUCUCACACACACCUUCUCUCUUUAACAGCUAACUAACUCUCUCGCCCUCUAACCUGUCUCAUGAGUUUUCUUGCACACUGACACUCUCUUUAUCAGAAUAAAACCGUAAACCACUCAUCUAACCCCCUCCACGCCACCAUAUUCCUCCACCCUGCAUCUGAUGAUCAUUUUUAUUUCUGAUAAAAAGAGAAAUCCAGUCACGUUUCUUGUCAUUUGUUUUAAAAGUUAAGAAAAAAAAGUGUGAACACAAGCUCAUAUUUUUAAUAUUACCUUUGCCUGAACUCACAUGGUUGGACCCCCCCCCCCUCCCCUUUUGCCAACCAACCCCACCCACCCACGCACAGCACUCACUUUCAGUCAGAGGGAUUUCAAGUGGUGAGAAAAAUCAAAAAAGACAAAUGUAGGAUAAAGAUUUUGUACACUUAGUAAGGUUUGUGUUGUCUAACUGUAUUUGGUCAUUACAAUUUGUUACGAAGUGACGGAGGCGUGGCUAGCUCCUUUUGUAUGUGGGGGUUUAUUUUGUCCUGUGCCUUAUAAGGAAGACAGGGGUGGGGCUGUGUGGUGGGUGGAGCCACAUCCACCCAAUGAAAUUACAGUUUAAUAUUUUGUGGUUCAGGGUCAUCACAAAGAAGCUGAACUGAAGCUAAAGUGUUUGAAUUUCUUCUUCAGCCAAGAGAACGGCAUUAUACAGUAUGAUCUGUUUAUUGAUGUUUUAUUUUUGUCUGUAUGGUUUAUUUGACCUUUUUUUUUCUCCCAGUUUUUUGAGGUUUUUUUUCUUUCCCCUAUUUGGGUUGAUUUUUUUUUUUUUUUUUUUCUCUCGUUCUUUCCUGCAUGCAGAUUUCUUUGGGAUGGAAACGUUUCUGUACCAUUGUGUAACGUUUGCCUCGGGGUUACUGUGGGCGGGAGGUACAGAAGUUCUCUUUGGAAAUUCAAACAGUUUUGCAGAUCCAUUAAAAGAAAAAGCUUGUUUAAGUUAACUUGUUUGUCUUCAGUCAUGUGCAGUGUGUAAUUUUAUGUCUAAAUGAUUGUUCCCCCCCACCCUUUGUUUUCUUUGGAUUUCCAUCAGCGCGUCCCUGAAGAUCUGGGAACUUUUGACUUUAAGAGGUUACCGAGAAUACAAGAAAAACCUUAAAAGUGAUGCUGAUGUUGAUCCUGUUAACUUCUUCUUUGGACAUAAAGACUAAACUAGACUAGUGGUCCACAUUAGUCCGUUUUGUGACCAUCCUAGGAAGGUGGUCACACUUGAUUAGGCAAAAAAUCUUUUUUCAAGUAUUUACUAAACAUCUUGUGGAGCUGAUGUAUUAAAUAGCCUUUUGACUUCUCGCUUGUUUGGCUGUUUUCUGGUCAGACUGGUCCCAGUUGGCCUGGCUUGCAUAUUGGACUUUUUUUUUUCUUUUUCUUUCUUUCAGGUGGGGACAUUUUGAUGUGCUACAAAGAGUAUUAAUAAUGCACCAUAUUAAAAAGACAGGUUGCAGCUUUCAACAGCUUAGACCAUGACUUGUCAUGAACCUGAAAUGUACAACAAUACACACCUGUGUGUCUGC